AUGGCUCGGUUUGACGACAACACUUUUUCUUUACGAGAAUCCUUUGAAGAAAACUAUAAUGAUAUUGAAGCUAUAGUUAAAAUGAUAUUAAAUAAUUUAAAUUCAAGUGAUAUGGGUCAACGAUUGGUACGUGAAGAUGUCAGUUUUCUUGAUUUAGCAAAAUUGUUAAAAACAAGGGAGAAUGAAUUUGAAGAUUUAUUGGAUAAAGUAAAGGAAUUUCAAGAAAGACAAGAAAUUAUUAGAAACCUGGAGAAUGAAGUUAAAUUUUAUGAUAGCAUAAUAUCUAAUAUUGAAAUAACAUUCCGAAAUAAUGUUUCUAGUUUGUUAGAAAUUAAAGAUAAAGCGCAAAAUAAAUUGGAACGUAUGGAGGAGAUUUCAAAUGUUCCUUUAGAUGUUGAAGAGUCUGUUUCUAUUUCUAAGUGUAUUGCGAAAUCAUUUGGUAUUAAUAACAAUUAUACAUGGGUACCAGGUUCUGAAGAAAGACCCUAUCCUACUGCCGCUAUGUUAUUAAAUAGUACUUUUGGGGGUACAAUUACAAUUUAA